UCCUCCGGCAGGAGCCCGUGAUGCUGCAGCGAACGAUCCGGUACGUGCAGGCGGACAAUCAAGGCAACUUCAACCUGAACUCGAACGAGUGGGCCACGUUCCAGUUCCAUGGCCGGUCCCUGUUCAACCUGAGAUGGGAGGUGGCGACCCAUGUGGGCCCUGCGCUCUUCUUCUUCCGCGUCAUCGUGUGCGUCCGGGCCGGCCGCUACGGGCAGCCGACCCCGCUGGUCAUCGACCUGCCUCGCAACGGGGAGACCUUGGACGUCAUCGCCGUCAUUGCGGAUACACCAGCCGCUGCGGCGUUGAGGUACCCAAAUGUUGAUGCACACUAGGAGUAGAUGAUGGCAGGACUCCUGACAACCACCUCGCAAUUCAUCUCUUCAGAACUCCAAUGCACCACUUAGUCUGCUACAAGAUGAGAAAUCGGCUGUCAAUUUUUGGUAGUUAGGUCAAUUUUUGGUAGUUAGGUUUGAUCCAGCCUCCAAACAGGAAGCAGUUUGUACUGAUCUUUCAGUUUCAAAACUCACAAACUGCUGAUCGAUUUUUACAGUGGCAUUAGUAGUAGUCACAGACUUCAUCUCUAUGACUCUAUUGCCUGAUAGGAAGAAUGGAUGUUGCUUUUUGUACCUGCCCUUUUGGUAGAUUUCAGUAAAUGUAUGUUGAAAGUCUGGAACUGAAAAAUCUUGGCUA